GGCAACCUCAGUUAGAUAUGAUGCCCUUGGCAAUGAGAAAGACAUCUCACAUUUAUUCCCACUCCAGGAACUCCCAGCUCACUUUUAUUUAAUCUCCAUUACUUUGUGUUAAUUAUCAGGAGUCCCCAGGCACUACUGGAGCUAUUGAUUCUCAUGCCGAAGAGGUUUCAGAUUAUGUUUUCUUGACAGAUUUUGUUAAUCCCUGAAAAGAAGAAAUUGGUGUUUUUCGGUAAGAGGAUUACCAUGUCGAGGCAGGCAACCAUUCGGAAUCUGAGAUGGAGAGGAAUCACUGUUACAAACACUCUAAAAGUUUGCCUAAUGAUCAUUGGUUGUGCAUGGAUUCUGUACCAGUUCAAGUAUUCUCAUCAGAAGAACUCCAAGGUCUCACUUGAUAGAUCAUCACCGAGCAUUCCUGAGUUUCACAAGCAGCAUCUGCCUCACUCGAACAAGACUCGCCACCGUCGGGAAUUCAACCUCAAUCAGUCCACAGAAGGUGAUACUAAGAAUGGAGGAAUUGAAGAGCUCGGGGUGGUGGAGAAGGAACAGCUCGAGGAUGCUUCCCGGACGGCUCGAGAGGACAGCCUCAAAGCGGACGAUGCAUCGAGUGAGGUAGUAGCCGCCAAGCGUGGAGAUUCUGGUACCGGAAUUGUAGAGAGGAGGUAUGGAGAGAUUCAUGAUUUGCUCAGAGAAAACACUUCAAAAUCGCUCGAUAUUUCUGAAAAGAACAAUUCAGAUAUCGUUCCAAAAGGUAACCAAACUCUUCUUAUUGCCCUGAACAAGGCAACGUCACCAGCAAAUUUGACAAGGAGAAACAAAAGUGAUCUGAAUUCGACAACCAGAAGAUCAAAACCCGGCAUCGAUGCUUUGAAUGAUGCACCACUACAAACUGCUAAGUAUAGCAAAGAGUAACAUUGGAGGAUAUGCUUAAUUUAAAAUGCAUGUUGAAGAAAUUUAACAUUUCUACGUGUCUAAAUGUGAAUUAGUGAUGCUUGCUUAUGUUGGUUAUUAUAUCUAAUGGGUCGAUUUAAUUGUAAAUUGUAUAUAUGAGUAUAAAUUGAAUCUAUUAAAGUAAUUUAACUUA